GUUUAUAAAAUGUAAAAGUGAUAGUCAAAUGCUGGUUGUGAAAAAAAAGUAAAUGAGUUGCGGCAAAAGGGUAAAACACGAAUCAGAUCGUCUAACAAGAAAAGUGAAAACACAGCAGAGAAAAACCAGUCCAGUCUUGCUCUUAGCUGAUGUUUUCUGUUGAUAUCACUUUCUUCUUACUAUACACGAUCAUCAUUUCCCUGUGAAACUGAAGGCCGUGCAAAUUUUUAGCAUUGCUUUUACUGCAACCGAUUUUUCCCGGACUUCGCCAUUUUAACCCGUAUCGAGACUUUCCCAUACUCUGUACUUGGCGGGGAAAGAAAAAGAAUUUUCAGGCGACGUCGCAUGAAAGAUUUGCCAUUUACCAGCCAUUAUAACCCAACUCAGGGAGCAUUCGAGUUCAGCCAUGGCGGCGGUGGCUGUAAUGGCCAGCCCGUGGGACACGGUGUUGGAGCUCACAAAAUUGGCUCAGGACAGGGAGGUUGACCCCUUGGUGUACGCCCUGCAGAUAUCCUCCACACUCAACGCCGCCGGCGUCCCCAUUCCCUCCACCGGCUUCGCCACCAUUCUCGUCUCUCACAUAUGCUGGUCCAAUAACCUUCCCAUUGCUUGGAAGUAUCUCGAGAAAUCCAUGACUAUCAGGGCUGUCCCUCCCCUGUUCGCUCUAGCUCUUCUCUCUACCAGAGUAAUUCCCAACAGAAAGAUAUAUCCAGUGGCCUAUAGACUGUACUUGGAACUUAUGAAAAGAUAUAUCUUCUCAUUGAAGUCUCAGAUUAAUGGUGCGCAUUAUCAACAGAUUAUGGAGUCCAUCAACGAGACUCUUAAUCUUUCUCAGACUUUUGGCCUCCCAGGUUGUGAAAGUCGGUUGCUUAUUGUGCAAUUCGUUUUUAAAAUUGUGUGGGAGUUAGUUGACGCAUCACUUGAUGAUGAAGAUUUGCUGGAACUCUCAGAAGAAAAGGAAUAUAUGUGGGCAGUAAGAACACAAGAUAUGGAGAUAGACAAUCAUGUUGCUUUUGAUGGGAAAAUGGCAGAGCAAAAUGAGUUAUUGUCUACAAAAAACACCAUAACAGCUAUUGAAAUACUUGGUGAAUUUUUUCGGAAUAAAGUGACUUCCAAGAUACUUAUAUUGGUGCGAAGGAACAUGCCUUCUUACUGGGAGCCCUUUAUCCAGCACUUGCGGUUGCUUGCUUCAAACUCAACAGCAUUAAGAAAUUCAAAAAGUGUUUCUCCAGAGGCUCUUUUGCAGCUAACAUCCAAUACAGAUGUCUUCCUGUCAAGGAAUGGUAAAAGAAGCACACUGUACCGGAUGAAUGCACUAGUUGGCCCUUGGCUCGUAUCUUCAUCCACCCAAAGUCCAUCUGCUUACUGGUUACCCAUUGAUCUCUUCCUUGAAGAUUCCUUAGAGGGACAAGUGUUAGCUACAAGCGCUGCUGAAACACUCACUGCUCUUGUGAAGGCUCUUCAGGCAGUUAACUGUACCACUUGGCAUGACACUUUUCUUGGGCUAUGGGUUGCGGCACUGCGGCUUGUUCAGAGGGAAAGACAAUCAACUGAUGGAAUAGCCCCUCGUCUUGAUAUGUGCUUAUGCAUGCUGUUGUCUAUUACAACACUUGCAAUUGUUAACAUUAUUGAAGAGGAGGAAAGGGAACUCGUCUGUGCCAAUCAAGGAAAGGAAUCUUUAGGAAAGCGUCACCAAGGCUUAGUUUCAAGUCUAAAACAAUUGGAUGAUUAUGAAGGUUUGUUAACUCCACCGCUACACGUAGCUACGGUGGCAAAUCAAGCCGCUGCAAAAGCUUCUAUGUUUCUUUCAGGUGUGACUGUUUCCAGUUGGUGCUUUGAUGGCAUGAGCUUGAAUGACAUGCCUCCAAAUUGCGCUGGAAACUUGCGACACCUGGUUGUUGAGGCUUGUAUUGCCAGGAACAUUCUGGACACAUCUGCAUAUUUCUGGCCUGGCUAUGUAAAAGAUCUAUGCAACCAAAUACCUUGUGGCAUUUCAGGCCAAAUACCUGGCUGGUCUUCAUUAUUGAAAGGAUCUCCUUUGACUGCUCCAAUGAUGAGUGUGCUGGUAUCUACACCAGCCUCAAGUUUAGCGGAAUUGGAGAAAAUAUAUGAGUUUGCAGUAAAUGGUUCGGAUGAUGAGAAGAUUUAUGCCGUAACAGUUCUAUGUGGAGCAUCUCUUACUCGUGGUUGGAAUAUACAGGAGUGCGUUGCUAUGCUCAUCAUAAAACUGCUUUCACCACCAGUUCCAAAAGGUUAUACUGGAAGUGAAAGCCAUUUGAUAGGAUACGCUGCAUUUCUGAAUAUCCUUCUUGUUGGAAUAUCAUUUCUUGAUGGUACACAGAUUUUUUCCUUGCAUGGAUUGGUUCCACAACUUGCCGGUGCAUUGAUGCCAAUCUGCGAAGUCUUUGGUUCUUGCACACCCACUGUUUCUUGGACUCUUACUAGAGAAGAAAUAUCUUUGCAUGCUGUGUUUUCAAAUGCAUUCACUCUUCUGCUAAGGUUGUGGGAAUUUAAUGAACCGCUAUUUGUAGCUGUUUGUGGGGAACAAUGCCCAGCGAAGUCUCGUGUGACUCCUGUAUAUUUAUUAUUGGUGCGCAACCGUCAGUUGGCUGCCACCGAGAAUUCGUCAAACAAUCAUGUCAAGUGCAAGCAGUUUUCCAGAAUUUUUGAACCGUGGUCUAGAGAACCCAUAAUUAUGGACUCAUUUCCAAAGUUAACAUGUUGGUACAGGCAAAAUCUGGCAUGUAUUUGUUCGACCCUUUCUGGUCUUAUUCAUGGAACUCCUGUUCAUCAACUAGUGGAAGCACUGUUUGAUUUCACUUUUAGAAAUCUAAGCAGGGGUGGACAGACUCUUACAACCAGUACUUCUGGAAGCAGUAACUUGUCUGCGUCUGGUGGUGAAUAUUUAUCUUCCCUUCUGAAGUCGCCCGCAUGGGAUAUAUUAGAGGCGGUUCCUUUUGUGCUUGAUGCUGCCAUAACAGCCUGUGGCCAUGGAAGGCUUUCACCACGUGAACUAACUACAGGGAUUAAGGACCUUGCCGAUUUCCUUCCUGCUUCUUUGGCAACAGUAGUAACUUACUUGACAGCUGAAGUAACAAGGGGGCUAUGGAAACCUGCCUCCAUGAAUGGAACUGAUUGGCCAAGUCCUGCUGCUAAUCUUGCCUCUGUUGUACUACAUGCUAAGAAAACAUUAGCUGCUAUUGGUGUUCACGUCCCCAAUCUUGUUGUAGGUGGAAGCUCUGCAUCUACUCUACCACUACCUAUGGCAGUACUUCUAAGUCUCACCAUCACUUACAAACUCGGUAGAGAGACCGACCGGUUUCUCACCUUUGUGGCCUUAACUUUGCGUAAGCUGGGCUCCCUAUGUCCAUGGCCAUGCAUGCCCAUCAUAGUCUCCCUCUGGACCCAGAAACUAAAACAGUGGAAUGAGGCUUUUACCAUCUUUGCAUGUUGUACUAUAUUCCACCACAAUAGUGAUGCCCUCGUCCAACUCCUAAGAGCCUGCUUCAAAGCCACCCUCGGCCUAGACAGCUCCAUCACGGCAAGCAGCGGUGGUGUCGGCGCGCUUCUCGGGCAUGAAUCUUGCGCUAGCACUAUAUGUCAUAUUCCCCCCGGCAUAAUGUACACGCGUGUCCAUAGAUCCGUCGGGGACACCUUGUUUAUGACGGAGGAGAUUAUGUCCCUUGUGAUGAGUUCAGUUGAAGACAUUGCAAACAACGGAUUACCGGCUGAGGACCUUGAGAAGCUCAAGAAAAUGAAACAUGGGUUGAGAUACGGUCAGGUCUCACAUGCAGCAUCUAUGACCCGGCUCAAGGUAGCGGCUUCGCUAGGGGCGUCUUUGAUUUGGAUAACCGGCGGUUUGAGUUUAGUCCAAUCUCUGGUUAAAGAAACCUUGCCCUCGUGGUUCAUAUCCGUACAAAAACCGAAACCCCAAACCGGAGUCGAAAUGUUGAGGGGAUACGCACUUGCGUACUUCACGGUGCUCUGCUUAGCAUUUGCAAUGGGGGUCGAGCCGGUGGUUGUGCUUGGUUCUAGGCGAUCCAAGGUUCUUGCAAAGCACAUGGACUUUCUUGGAAGCGUAUUGGAUAGGAAGAUAUCCCUGGGGUGUAAUGAAGCCACGUGGAGAUCGUAUCUGUCCGGGUUUGUUAGUAUGAUCGUGGUUUCCACACCAAACUGGGUGAGGGAGGUUGAUGUUGGGGUGGUGAAGAAGCUGAGCAAGGGGUUGAAGGAGUGGCAGGAAGAGGAGUUGGCUGUGGCUCUUCUUGGAGUUAGCGGGGUAGAAGGGAUGGGCGAGGCUGUAGAAAUGAUUAUAGACCAUGGCAUUUGAAGUUUUCUUUAUUGAAGGAUGGAUUCAAGUUAUACGUAGGCUAGUUACGACCAUAUCUUGGGGCUGAUCAUAGGCAUUUGACAUUUUGCAUUUGACUUGAGUUGUUUUAGGGGUUUUGUUCUACUACCAAGGAUUAUUACGGCCAUGUUUUGGCGCUGAUUAUAGGCAUUUGACAUUUUGAAUUUGUCUUGAGUUGUUUUAGGGGUUUUGUUCUACUACCAAGGAUUAUUACGGCCAUGUUUUGGCGCUGAUUAUAGGCAUUUGACAUUUUGAAUUUGUCUUGAGUUGUUUUAGGGGUUUUGUUCUACUACCAAGGAUUAUUACGGCCAUGUUUUGGCGCUGAUUAUAGGCAUUUGACAUUUUGAAUUUGUCUUGAGUUGUUUUAGGGGU